AGGAGCGUGCGUGAAGCAAAAUAAGAUGCUGAAUAGCCUCACCAGAGAAUUAAUGUAUGCUUCAAGAAACGAUUUUGAUACUCUUCCCCUCUUCAAGAAUAGAAUCCCUUUGUGAGAGACUAAAGCCAAGAAUCAGACACAACAAAAAAACCAGCAAUAUUAAACCAAUUAAUCUUCACGAAAACAAAAACAAUAUGGAGGAGCAUAAGAGAAGUUGUGAACAAGGGAGAAAUAAUGCAGGUGGCAGCAGUAUUGAAGGGCUAGAUUUUGUAGUGCAGGAGGUAUCUUCCUCAAUUCUAUAUCAAAUUUCAUGUUGCUCAAACCAUGGAACAUCAAACUUUGGCAUCGUAGAGAUUCCAAUCCAUAAUGCAGAGCAAGAAAUUAUUGGAGUGACUGAAAGUUAUGAUGCUAUUGAAGUGAGCUCUCGAUCAUUAAUUGAUCAUAAUCCGAUAAACAUGGUAAAAAAUGAGAGCAAUGACUAUUUGAUGGUGGAAGCCAUUGACAUAGAGAUAGAGAACGGAGAAGUCCAUGAUGAUGCAAAACAAUCAAUGGUUGAAGAAAAGUCAACACCAAAACGAUCAUCUUUGUCAUCAUCCGAAGAGGAUGAUGAUGAAGAAGAAGAAGAAGAUGAUGAUGAUGAUGACAACGACGACGAUGAUGACGACGACAACAACAACGACGACAACGAUGAUGAUGAUGAUGAUGAUGAUGAUGAUGAUGACGACGACGACGACGACAACGACGAUGAUGAUGAUGACGACAAAUAUUCACCAAUGGGAUCAUUUUUAGAAGAAGAAGAAGAUGAUGAUGAUGAUGAUGAUGAUGAUGAUGAUGAUAACAGCAACAAAUAUUCAUCAAUGGGAUCACCAUUUUCAGAAGAAGAAGAAGAAGACUCACUGUUACAAUCACCAAAUUCAACAGAAGAAGAUGAAGAACAUUCACCGAUGGGAUCAACACUUGAAGAAGAAGAAGACUCGUCAUUGCAAUCAUCAUUGUCAACAGGGGAAGAAGAUGAAGAAGAAUAUUCACAAAUGCAAUCAUCAUUUUCAACAGAAGAAGAAGAUGAUGAUGAUGAUGAUGAUGAUGAUGAUGACGACGACAACGAUGACGACGAUGAUGAUGAUGAUGAUGACAAAUAUUCACCAAUGGGAUCAUUUUUAGAAGAAGAAGAUGAUGAUGAUGAUGAUAACAGCAACAAAUAUUCAUCAAUGGGAUCACCAUUUUCAGAAGAAGAAGAAGAAGACCCACUGUUACAAUCACCAAAUUCAACAGAAGAAGAUGAAGAACAUUCACCGAUGGGAUCAACACUUGAAGAAGAAGAAGACUCAUCAUUGCAAUCAUCAUUGUCAACAGGGGAAGAAGAUGAAGAAGAAUAUUCACAAAUGCAAUCAUCAUUUUCAACAGAAGAAGAAGAAGAAGAAGAAGAAGAAGAAGAAGAAGAAGAAAGCAAAAAGAUGUAUAAUUAGCCUUCCACUAUCUGUAAACAAAGACUAGGGGCAUGACAACAAAGAAACGUUUCAUCACUACUUGGCUAAAACGUUUGACAAAUGAGAUUGCACUAAUGGCAAGAACAACAAAGAGACUUAGAAGCUUGUCGUCAUGAAUGGUCUAAUAAAACAUUCAACAAAUUGGCA